UGAGUCUUGGAGGCACCCCUCUCUGAGCUCGGGCACGUCGUUGGGUGCGCGUUUGGCGCGCGGUGGCGGCAGGAGCCGCGGCCCUUAGCCUGCCUGGUGCCGCCUUUCCCUCGCUCUUCCCCGGAGCUUCUUCGUCUCUUCCUCCGGAUCCGGGCAGCGCUGCCGGGAGGGCGCAGCGGGAUGUCGGGAGCGGUGACAGGCGGGGGCCCAGGGCCCGUGGCUCAGGGGCUCAAGGAGGCGCUGGUGGAGACUCUGAACGGGAUCCUGUGCCCGGUGCAGGGGGUGCGCGCUGCCGCCGAAGAGCAGGUGAAGGUGCUGGAGGUGACCGAGGAAUUUGGUGUUCAUUUGGCAGAAUUGACUGUAGAUCCCCAAGGAGCACUAGCCAUUCGUCAGUUGGCAUCUGUGAUUUUGAAACAAUAUGUGGAAACUCACUGGUGUUCCCAGUCAGACAAGUUCAGACCUCCUGAGACUACAGAAAGGGCAAAAGCUGCCAUUCGGGAACUGCUUCCCAAUGGAUUGAGAGAGUCUAUUAGCAAAGUGCGCUCAAGUGUUGCCUAUGCAGUUUCAGCAAUAGCUCAUUGGGACUGGCCUGAAGCUUGGCCUGAGCUCUUCAAUCUAUUGAUGGAAAUGCUGGUUAGUGGGGACCUGAAUGCAGUUCAUGGAGCUAUGCGAGUGCUUACAGAGUUCACUCGGGAGGUGACAGACACACAGAUGCCCCUUGUUGCUCCUGUUAUUCUUCCUGAGAUGUACAAGAUUUUUACAAUGGCAGAGGUAUAUGGUAUUCGUACACGGUCGCGUGCUGUUGAAAUCUUUACCACUUGUGCCCAUAUGAUCUGUAACAUGGAGGUAUUGGAAAAGGGGGCAGCCAAAGUUCUCAUUUUCCCUGUGGUACAGCAGUUCACUGAAGCCUUUGUUCAGGCCCUGCAAAUGCCUGAUGGUCCUACAUCAGACAGUGGACUUAAAAUGGAGGUUUUAAAGGCAGUGACAGCACUAGUGAAGAACUACCCAAGACACAUGAUUUCAUCCAUGCAACAGAUCCUGCCCAUUGUUUGGAAUACCCUCACAGAAAGUGCAGCCUUCUAUGUGAGAACCGAAGUAAAUUACACAGAAGAAGUAGAGGACCCAGUGGAUUCUGAUGGUGAAGUUUUGGGUUUUGAAAACCUGGUGUUCAGCAUUUUUGAGUUUGUUCAUGCUCUGUUGGAAAAUCAUAAAUUUAAAAGCACAGUGAAGAAAGCUUUGCCAGAGUUAAUAUAUUACAUCAUUCUCUAUAUGCAGAUCACCGAGGAACAGAUAAAAGUCUGGACUGGAAACCCUCAACAAUUUGUUGAAGAUGAAGAUGAUGAUACAUUUUCCUACACAGUUAGAAUAGCUGCACAGGACUUAUUGCUGGCUGUGGCAGCUGAUUUCCAGAAUGAGAGUGCAACAGCUUUGGCUGCGGCAGCUACAAGACAUUUGCAGGAAGCUGAGCAAGCUAAAAAUGGUGGUGCUGAGCACUGGUGGAAGAUACAUGAAGCUUGCAUGCUGGCUUUAGGUUCAGUCAAAUCUCUUAUGACAGACAGUGUGAAGAAUGGCAGAAUACACUUUGACAUGCAUGGAUUCCUAACAAAUGUUGUUCUUGCAGACCUCAACCUAUCAGUGUCUCCUUUUCUGCUUGGUCGUGCUCUUUGGGCUGCUAGUCGCUUUACAGUUGCAAUGUCACCAGAGCUCAUCCAGCAGUUCCUACAAGCCACAGUCAGUGGUCUUCAUGAAACCCAACCGCCUUCUGUGCGAAUUUCUGCAGUAAGGGCUAUUUGGGGGUACUGUGACCAACUGAAAAUCUCUGAAAGCACACAUGUCUUACAACCUUUCCUUCCCAGUAUCCUUGAUGGAUUAAUCCACUUAGCAGCUCAGUUUAGUUCAGAAGUUCUCAAUCUUGUGAUGGAAACACUUUGCAUUGUCUGCACAGUAGCUCCAGCCUUUACAGCAAGUGUAGAGAACAAGAUUUGUCCCUUCACCAUUGCAAUUUUUCUCAAAUAUAGUAAUGAUCCUGUUGUUGCCUCUCUUGCCCAAGAUAUCUUCAAGGAACUAGCACAAAUAGAAGCCUGCCAAGAUGCAAUGCAGAUGAGAUUAAUCCCAACUCUUGUCAGUAUCAUGCAGGCUCCUCCUGAUAAGAUUCCAGCAGGGCUUUGUGCAACUUCGAUAGACAUAUUGACAACAGUAGUGAGAAAUACUAAACCUCCCCUCUCAGAGCUCUUAAUCUGCCAAGGCUUUCCUGCUGUUGCUCAGUGUAGCCUGCACACAGAUGACCAUGCUACCAUGCAGAAUGGUGGCGAGUGUCUACGUGCAUAUAUCUCGGUAGCACUGGAACAAAUUGCACAGUGGCAUGAUGAGCAAGGCCACAAUGGACUGUGGUACGUGAUGCAGGUGGUGAGCCAGCUUCUAGAUCCACGCACCUCAGAAUUCACAGCUGCCUUUGUAGGCAGAUUAGUUUCCACAUUGAUUUCCAAAGCAGGGAGUGAAUUGGGAGAAAAUCUCGACCAGAUUCUGAGAGCAAUUCUUAGUAAAAUGCAACAAGCAGCAACACUCACUGUCAUGCAGUCUCUGAUCAUGGUGUUUGCUCACCUGGUUCAUUCCCAGUUGGAACCCCUGCUAGAAUUUCUUUGUAGUCUACCUGGGCCAACAGGCAAGCCUGCUCUAGAGUUUGUAAUGUCAGAGUGGAUGUGUCGACAACACUUAUUCUAUGGACAGUAUGAAGGCAAGGUCAGCUCGGUAGCUCUGUGUAAACUCCUCCAGUAUGGUAUCAACACGGAUGACAAGCGUCUUCAGGAUAUUAGGGUAAAAGGGGAAGAAAUAUUUAAUAUGGAAGAGGGAAUACGCACAAGAUCAAAAGCAGCCAAAAAUCCUGAACGGUGGACAAACAUUCCUUUGUUAGUUAAAAUUUUAAAGUUGAUAAUAAAUGAACUUUCUAAUGCAAUGGAGGCAAAUGCUUCUCGCCAAACUGCUGCAGACUGGAGUCAAGAGGAGUCCAAUGAUAUGUGGGAGGAUCAGGAAGAUGAAGAAGAGGAAGAAGAGGAUGAAGGGUUAACAGGCCAGCUAUUGUCAGAUAUUCUUGCCACAAACAAAUAUGAUGAUGAUUAUUAUGAAGAUGAUGAUGAGGAUGAUCCAGAUGCACUUAAGGAUCCUCUCUAUCAGAUAGACCUACAGGCUUAUCUCACAAAUUUCUUGUGUCAGUUUGCACAGCAGCCUUGCUAUGCAGUGUUCUCAGACCAUCUGAAUGAGAAUGAGAGAAGAGUGCUUCAAGCCAUUGGCAUAUAAAUCCAGAGCAUUGUGGUCAUAUUUGAACAAUUUUUUUAAUUUUAUUUCAUGUUUUGUGACUUAAACAUGGAACCUCUACCAUUAUUCACAAGAUACUACAGAUAUUAUCUUAAUUUUGAAGUACUGUUCCUUAUCAUGAUAUGGGUUAAGAGGAGGAUUGUCAAACGCAAUGAAAGACAGAUGUGCAUAGUUUUGCAUACUGGAUUCGCCCAAGGGAAACACUGUAUUCUUCAGAUCAGCCUUCCAAGAUCAUCUAAAAUAAUGUGCCCUGAAGCCAAGUUUCUCUUAUUCAUUGAAAAGGCACUUCACUGACUUUUCACAGCACAGUUUAAUAGACUGAGGAAGGCAUUGUAGUUGUCUGUAGUUGGUUUGGAUGUGUAUAGAAACUGGGGAGUUUGUCCCACUUCGCGCUUGUAUUACACAGGGUAAAUUAUCUUGAUCUUACUAUAGGACAUCCUUUUAUAGAACUAUAGAAAUUUCUAAAGAGACACUUGAACGCAGUGGAAUCCGCUAACAAAACAAGAAUUUGGAUUAAAACCUGAAAAAUAAAAUUAACUUUCCAUUCAUUGAUGAAGAUAAAUCGCUUCCAUCUGGGCUUCAUCAUUUUUCCCAGUUCUUUACGAAAGCUAUCAAGCCACCCAUACUGAACAGACUUACUCCUUAAAACUCAGUUCCUGUGGUUACUGAUGACUUUGAUUUUGCAACCAAACUUUUUUAUACAAAAUUCUGAUUGUAUUUAACUUGUCUAUUUACUUCAUUAAUACAGCUCUCAAAUAGUUUUGCUUCCUUCACCCACAAGAAUUAUACAAAAUGGUUAAGAUGUAGUCCGCAAAUUAGUUUGUGUAUUUUUAUAGGGCAGUAAAAUUAACUUUUACUGACUAAUAAAUAAAUUACUUGUAAUUCUGCAAGUAAUUACAAUGUGAUGCAUCUCACAACACCUCUUUGCCUUUUUCCUCCCUUUUGGGGAAAAUCAAAAUAAAACUGUUGAAAUAUAUGUUGGUAUCUUUCUUUUUAAAAGAUUUGGAGAAGAAAAUUGUAUCCUUUUGUCACUUAAAGGCUAUUUGUAGAAAAACAAAUCCUCCUUUCUAAUUGCUAUCAGCAUACUCUAUCUUUUUCUCUUUAAUAGUCAUUGUGGAUUGAGGAGGGUUUACGUCUUCUAUUUGUUCUUUUUAUGCAGGAUGAACACCUCUAGGUUUGAACAGCUACUUCCUUGAAUAAUGUGCUUUAAAUCAAGCUGAGGUCUUAAUUAUUAAUCAUCUACAACAUUAACUUCUCUAUGUUGGUUCCAUAUUUGUUUAAAGUGUGGAAGCAGCAGUUCUAAGAAUCAAACUACUUUUCAAUAAAUGACUUUUGACAGAG